AUGGCGCAACAAUCCCAGGUGCCUGGACUCUCGGGAACAGUCUCCCUCUCACCUUCACCAUCUCUUCCGAGCGGAGCGGCGCAAACAGUCGACCGGGCUUUCCCUGGGCUUGCAUUUGAGGCGAGAUCAUUUUGGUAUUAUGCAGGCAAAGCUGGAAAACCCAUCAACUUUUCCCUGAACCUGUUACGAACGAUCGCUAACAAGACCAAGACCAAGCCCGUUAUUCGUGUUGGGGGAACCUCACUAGAUCAUUCACUGGGCUAUGACCCAGACCAGCCCAAGGCAAUCCACAUCCCUGAGGGUCAACCUGCCGGUAUUCCCAGUAACUUGACCUUCGGGCCGUCGUACUUCGAAUCGUUCACCAACUUUCCAGACGCGAGGUACAUCCUCGACCUCCCUUUCGCGUACAAGAAUCGCACAAACUCGCUCCGCUUCAUCGACGCCGCAUAUCGCAAGAUAGGAGCAGACCGCAUCUACGCGCUGGAACUAGGAAAUGAAGUCAACCUCUAUAGACAACCUGACAUUGUGGCGAGCCUCGGUGUUGGGAACGAUACCAAAGUCUGGCAAGCUGCCGCCACCUCUGCGGAAACCGUCAAUCUGUUGCUCCCAGGCUAUCAACCUGACAAUCCAUGGCAGAUUCCGGGCAUCUUCGAGAACGGCACCCUCGUCAAAGACCAGCAGCGUAUCAAGUCGACCUCGGUGCACUACUACCAAACCAAGAUCAACGAGUCUUCAAGUCUCCAGCGAGACAUCAUGAGUCACGCGGGAAUCGUAGCUGGGUCGAAACUGCUCAAAUCGGUAGCAGAAUACUUGCACAAAAACGUCACACCCCCUAUACCACUAGUGCUAGGCGAGAUCGGGAGCUCCUUGGGCAACGGCUCCAGCGACGCUGACCUCUAA